AAAUGUCUGGAAUUAUCUACUACCUCACAUACGCGCUUGGCUUGGCUAUCGCUGCCACUUAUGGCCACGAAGCGAGCAUUUAUUGCAACGACUGUUCGGCAGCAAAUGUAAAUUGUAAAAUCAGUGAAUUUGGACGCAGUUGCAGGGCCCUGCCCCCUGACUACAGCAACAGCAGUGCCACAGAUUUGGGAGCUUAUAAUCCUCUGGAGCAUGGCCACAGUAGCAGCAAUCUAGCCGGCUGCAUUCCAGAAGGUAUGAAUGUACGAGACCUCGUUACAGAGAAUCACUACUUCUGUUGCACUUGGUCCAAGGAGCUUGGCUGUCAGCAGAUCAAAUUCACGACCCACCACCUCUUUGUGCAGUGCAAUUGGUGUGUGCCCGAGAAGGUGCCCGCCAGAAAGGAAGAUUAUCAUCGUUGUCCCUGCAACAAAUGCCCUGGGGAACUGUGCGACGGCACCUGUCUCAUUGCGCUUGGCCUUUCCUUCUAUGGUGUUUUCAAACGCUCUUUGUUUUCCGCUUAAGAAUGAU